AUGCUCGUGCACGGUGACGGAGAAGUGUUGGAGCCCGCACAUUUGAACUUUGGAAAAUGGAUUUUGGACCGGAUGAGAGGGACAGAUCCCGAGCGCACGUGUUUGCGUAGUUCCACAACGGGGUAUACGCUGACGUUCAAGGAGGUAUCGCAGUAUGUAGUGAGGUUAGCAGCGGCGCUGACGCAGCGAGGCGUGGGGAGGGGAGAUACGGUGGCGGUGUUAGGCGAGCCCCCUGCCACCUUCCUCCCCGCUGGGCUCGCCGUUUUACUGACGGGCGCAACACUCACUCUUAUCGGAACAAAAUGUGGCGUAGCUAUCCUCAAGCAUAAGUUAAAUCUAACAAAACCAACCUUUGUAAUCUGCACUCAACGUUUCUUGGAGAUCUAUAGCGACAUACUGAAGAGUUCGGAUUUCAUCAAAACUCUCAUUUGUUUCGACAACAUCGAGGGUAUGGAGUCGGUGGAGGCGCUGAUGUCGAGCCAAGACGUGGAUGUGGAUAAGUUUGAGCCGGCGGCUGUGGAAGACCAGGCCGACGUGGCGCUGGUCACGUUCUCGUCUGGAACCACUGGGCUGUCCAAGGGAGUGCUACUGACACACCUUAAUCUUAUUGCGAGAGCGAAUGUAGUUAUGAAGUGGUAUUAUGACUACAAUUCUUUGCACUCCCAACCCUUGCAAGUUGGUUUCUUCGCGGAGCCGGACCGCACCUCGUUUUACGACUUCCAAAUGAUGUGUACAUUAUUAUGCUCUGGACAAACACUUAUAUACUCGGAAAGCGAUGUGGAUUUGAAGUAUGUUAAAGAUUUUCAGGUGCAUACGAUGCCCACCGUGCCUGCGAUUGUAGAAAUGAUGAUAAAUGGUAAAGAUGAGUACGAUUUGAGAUCACUCAAGUUGGUGAUUACCACCGGCUCGCCACUUAAUCGCCGGACUGCAAAACUGUUACAAGAUAGAUAUCCUGAUAUUAAACUAGCAAGUGUGUACGGCUCAACGGAAACUGGCUCAAUUGCUACAACACAGAAUAAGGUAUUUGACUUCGAUGUUGCAAACGACGUCACCAAGGCAGAGGGUUAUUGCGUAGGCCGCGCUGUUCCGGGGGUUACGAUAAAGGUCGUGGAUAUAGAAACACGAGAAAUACUUGGUCCGAACCAGCGUGGAGAGCUGUGUGUCCGCGGUCCGCGACUUAUGAAGGGCUACCUGGGGGCUACCGCGCCCUACCUGGACGAGCAGGGGUUCUACCUGAUGGGUGAUCUGGGCUACUUUGAUGAUCACAAACGCAUAUAUUUGGUGGGCAGGCUGAAAGAUAUCAUUAAUUACAUGGGGAAUAAGGUGUCCCCUGGAGACGUGGAGGCCGUGAUGCGGCUGCAUCCGGCGGUGCAGGAGGUAGCCGUGGUUGGGAAACCUGCCAAGGUAGAGGGCGAAGAGCUGCCCACCGCCUUCGUGGUGCUGCGACCCGGCGCCGCCGCCACGGAGACCGAGCUUGUCGACUACGUGGCCCAGCAGGUUACUUGGUACAUGCACCUGCGCGGCGGCGUGAGGUUUGUUCCGGAGCUUCCAAGGAACGCGAUGCAGAAGAUCCUGCGCAGGCGUCUCAGGGAGAUGCUGGCACGUGAAUAG